CCCGUUGUCAUGUAGUUUGACAUGUUAGAAUAUUUUUUAUCCAAAUAAGGAAAUCACCGAAAACAAUUUUAAAAAUAUUCGACAACUAGACGUGCCGUGUGUGGAAAUCAAGAAAUUUUCACACAUUUUCAAAAUGGAUAAGGCUACUGCAAGAAGUAAGAAAGAAGCGAAAGAUGAGAAACAAAAGGAUCAAAAGAUUGAAGAGCAGAUCGUGAAAAUGUUGGAGGAAGAAGCAGCUGGAGCAACACCAGAGGAAAAAUUUGCAAUUCUACUUCGUAAGCAUGUAGAAGGAGAACGUGCGUCUAGAAAGUUGCGACAGGAGAUGAAAGUGCAGGAGAAGCAGUUGGAGACAGUCUUGCGAGAGAAAGAAAAUUUACAACGUGAAUAUAACAAAAGUGUAUUGAUGCGUGACAAGUUGCAGGAAGUUUGCCGCGAGCAGCAAAAACUAAUCAAAUCUGUAAAGAAUGAGAGCAUACAAAAAAUCCGAGAAGAAGAAGAGCGGCGCAAGGAAAGCCAAUCGAAAUUCCAACAAUCUUUGAAUGAGAUUACACAAUCUUUAAGUAAAAACAAUGAGGAAAAUUUGAAAUUGCGUGACCACAAUUUGGAAAUGACCAAAAAAUUAAAAAUGUUGGCAGAACAAUAUCACAUGCGUGAACAACAAUUGGAGAAAUUAAACGAACAAGUACAGUUGGAGUCGCAAUUACAUCAGGCCAAAUUGAAUAAGGUACAAGUUGAAGCUGCUAUGGAAAAAGAAAUAUUGUUAAAGGAAAAACAAAUUGCGCUGGAAAAGUUUGUGCAUUCACAAAAAUUGCUAAAAGAAUUGACAGAACGUGAGCAAGCACUUAAGGAGCAGCUUACAUUGUACACAGCUAAAUACGACGAUUUCCAAAGUUCAUUACAGAAAUCAAACGAUAUUUUCGCAACUUACAAAGUUGAACUGGAGCGGAUGGCUAAGAACACACGUAAAUUAGAAAAGGAAACUCUAGAAUGGAAAACUAAAUGGGAAAAGAGUAAUGCAAUACUGAUCGAGUUGGCAACUGAGAAAAAGGAGCGCGAUGAACAUGCUACACGUUGCAGCAAACAGGUUGAGCAAUUACAGAAGUUAUUACGUGCAUUACAAAAUGAACGUUCUCAUCUGUAUAAAGUGUUGCGUGAUAAUAACGUUGAAUGCCCCGCCAUGCCGCAACUGCCACCAGAACCUGAGCCCAUGCAAACGCAGGCUCCAACAUCUUCGAGUGGCGACAAAGAUAAAAUGGAGAUAAUGUCACGUAAUUGUGCCGAAUUGAAGCAAACUCUUGCUAAUCUACAAAGUCAAAUGAAGUUUUUGAAUGUCAAUUCCGGUCUAAACUCAGACACUAACACUAAAGGUGCGCAACCGGCUGCUAAACAGCAACAAUCGGAAGACUCCAAUAAAAAACGUCAACGCAAAAAACAAAAAUCGAAAAGCAAUAAAAAUGGCAAGGAAUCCUCACCUGCACCCGGUUCGGAACAACUGAAUGGCAAUACAAAUGCAACCACAAGCGAUGUGCAAACAGAAGUAGUUGUUAACAAUGUGCAGGCAGUUGACGAGUCUGAAUCUGUUGAAUUGCCAGCGUCAAUACCAGCAGCGACAGCAGUGUCUCCCGAAGUGGCUGCAAAAACAGCAGAAUUGACUGUUGCCGAUGUAACCGAAGCUGCGGUCGCGACCGUCGCAGAAUUGGUGAAUGGUGCUGAAAAAGUGCCGACAGUUGAGCCACCGCAACAAGAAGAGCAACAAAUAUUAGACGUGCCAGUGCCAAAUUAGUGUUGCCACCAUUUUCAUAACUUUUUAUAUCCAUACAUCGCAUCAUCGCUAUGUUGACUGCAUACACCUUACCACAUAAACUAUUCUUCACAUUUUUAAUAUCAUUUAUCAAAUUAUUUGUAUUUUUUUAUGUAUACAUAUUUUAAAUUAACCCCUUUUAUUAAUUUAUCUUUUUUUUUUACUCUACAAAAUUGAAGUAAUUUUUAAAUAAAAUUCUAACCUUGUUUUGAAAUGCCAUCCGA